AUGUCAUAUAAAUUAGAGUUUGGACCAUCGGUUUAUAUCCGGUUUAACCGGUUUUCUGACCUUUCGACUGUUAGUGUACAAAGGAGAAGUGCAUUUCAAUAUCCAAGGUUGGUCAAACGUCUCGAAACCGUUGAGCGGGAGACCUCAACUCCAAUAUCCUUCAAUUUAGUAACAACAGAAGUUUCAGAAAUUGAAGGUUGCCUUCGAAUAUAUUGUCCAAUUAAUAUCCUAAGUGGGACAUUCGUUGCUGAGAGUAUUUCAGCAGCAUUACGCAUGGUUUGA